UCCCAGCCCUCUGUGAUGGUGCUCUCUGGCUGCAGACACGCCACGGGCAAGGCUCAGCAUGGGAACUUCCUGGUGGCCAUCAAGCAGGAGAAGGGGGAGUCGGCACGGAUGGGUGGUGAGAAGCCCCACGGCGAGGAGGAGCCGGUGAAGAAGAGGGGCUGGCCCAAGGGCAAGAAGAGGAAGAAGAUCCUCCCCAACGGCCCCAAAGCCCCCGUGACGGGCUACGUGCGCUUCCUGAACGAGCGGCGGGAGCAGAUCCGCACCCAGCACCCUGACCUGCCCUUCCCGGAGAUCACCAAGAUGCUGGGAGCGGAGUGGAGCAAACUGCAGCUCUCCGAGAAGCAGCGGUACCUGGACGAGGCAGAGCGGGAGAAGCAGCAGUACAUGAAGGAGCUGCGGGAAUACCAACAGUCAGAGGCCUACAAGAUGUGCACGGAGAAGAUCCAGGAGAAAAAGAUCAAAAAAGAGGAUGCAGGUUCUGCGGCUGUGAACACCCUGCUCAACGGGCACAAGGCUGGCGAGUGCAGCGACACCUUCUCCACCUUCGACGUGCCCAUCUUCACCGAGGAGUUCUUGGACCAAAACAAAGCCCGCGAGGCUGAGCUGCGGCGCCUGCGGAAGAUGAACACGGAGUUCGAGGAGCAGAACGCCAUCCUGCAGAAGCACACGGAGAGCAUGAACUGCGCCAAGGAGAAACUGGAGCAGGAGCUGGCACAGGAGGAGCGGCAGACCCUGGCCCUGCAGCAGCAGCUGCAGUCGGUGCGGCAGGCCCUGACCGCCAGCUUCUCCUCCCUGCCCAUCCCUGGCACCGGGGAGACCCCCACGCUGAGCACCCUGGACUUCUACAUGGCCAAACUGCACAGUGCCAUCGAGAGCAACCCCCUGCAGCACGAGCCGCUGGUGCUGCGCGUCAAGGAGAUCCUGUCCCGGAUCGCAAGUGAACACUUGUGAGAGGACCAGUCCCUCUGGAGCCUGGGGCUGGCUGGACCCUGUCCCUGUCCCUUGGAGCUCACGCAAGGGACAGUCUCUGCCAGGGGUCCGGCUGCUUCCCCCCCACCCCUCGCACCUUUCAGCGUGAGCCGGGACCCCCCAGCCCGACCCUGCGGCUGCACCAGCUCCAGGACCUCGAGCUUCGGGGGAGAGGUGGUGGCAGAGCUGAGAGCCCAUCCAGUGUGGGGUGAGGGGUCACUGGUGGUGUGAGCACCCCCCACUCUCCCAUGAGCCCCCCAGCUCCGCCUUGCUCAACCAGGGCUCCCCAGAGCCUGAUGAGGAGGUGCUGGCGGGUUCUGACCUGGAGUGAAUCCGCCUCUUCCAGGGUGACUGGGGGCUGUGGUGCUGGGGGGGUAGCGGGGGGGUGACCAGGAGUCCCUGGGGAGGCAGUGAAGUGACCGGGAGUCCCUGGAGCUUGGCACUGCCUCCCGGCCCCAGACCAGCUCGGGAACCCCUUGGUGCCAUCCUGCAGUGAGAUUGGGGGCAGCUCCUUCCCCCUGCCUCUGCCUUUAUUUAAUCAUCCCCAUGGGUGCCUUCAGCCACUGUCCCUGUCGCUUUGCCUGGCCCCUCUCUUUCCCCCCCACCUUUGGGACCAGGCAGGGAGUUCCUGAAGGCAAUAAACGGCCUCGUGCUGGAGGGGAGCUGGGACAGACCCCUUCCUGCAGUGGGGACCCCUGGGUGGGGAGGAGCUGGGACUGACCCCUUCCCUCAGUGGGGACCCUGGGUGUGCUGCACUGGCUUUCAGCUCCUGCCCCUCGCCCCCUGCCUGAGCCCCCCUGCUCUUGUGGGACCACUGUGCUGGCAGCCACAUCUGGCCGUGCUGUGCCGGGGUCGGUGUCCCCGGGGCUGCCUGUCACUAAUCUCAGACUGUAAUUAGAGAGUGUCUUAUUUUCUUACUUAGCACUAUGUGUGCCUGGCCUGGCUCUAUCGUGGGUCUGGGGUAUUUCCCCACCCUCUCGCCUGCCAGGCCUGUGCUCUGUACCUGCAUCUCUGGUUUGCCAUCUCCUGGUGCCGCUGGGCUUGGGAUGGAGAUGGGAGCAAAUAAACGUGGGAGAAAACCA